UUUCCAAGAAUCCGCCAUAUUCAAACUUCCGCCGUAGUGUGUGUGUUUGUUCUUCUGUUGUCAUCGAUCUCCUACUUUCUUUGUACAAAUCGGGCCAGUUUUCGUACAUCUGAACUUUGUCUUUUGUUCGCUAAAGUCUAUCCUCGUCUCGGUGUAACUGAUUUCAAGACGAAGCCUCGUGCAAAAUGGAAGAAAAUGAGGAAGUUAGUGGGAGGACGGUGGGAAACAAAAAGAAGAGGACAUCCAUCAGCGCCGCCGAGCCCUCUCCUCAAACUCUCCGGAGAAACAACUCCAAAAAACCUCCAAUGCAGAGAGGCAGCUCCUUCACGUUUCUUACUCCGGGGACACCAUGGGACUUCAGUUUAAAGAGAAAACGCAAAGAGAAGGACGAUGACACAGUCAGCCUGUCCAGUUUUGACCUCAAGGAACCCAACAACAAGCGUGUACGACCGAUGGUCAAAGUUUCAUCCCUGGUCAACUUAAUAUCUCCUUCAAAGAACGGAGCAGUGCGACGCUUUGGCCAAACUAUCCAGUCGAUGUCGUUACGUGGUGAUGGCAAGUCACCCGGGACGUCCCUCAAAGGCAGCAGCAAGGCAGCAGGUCCAACACCCACUAAACGCAGAAACAGCACGCUGUGGUCGGAGACGCUGGAUGUUCAUCAGAAGAGCUCGUUCUCCGCCAAAGAGAUCAAGAGACAAGAGGCGAUUCAUGAGCUUUACAGGGGAGAACAAGAUCUCAUUGAAGAUCUCCAACUUGCACGAAAGGCAUACCACGAUCCCAUGCUGAAGCUUUCCAUCAUGACAGAGGAGGAACUGGCUCAUAUUUUUGGGGAUCUGGAUGCGUACAUCCCCUUACACGAGGACUUAUUGAUGAAGCUGACUGAGGGAACCGGCCCUGAUGGAACAGUAGCUCAGAUCGGACGGAUAGUAAUAGACUGGCUGCCUGGUCUGAACGCUUACAAAGACUACUGCAGCAAUCAGCUUGCAGCCAAAGCCCUGCUGGACCAGAAAAAACAGGAUAGACGGGUCCAGGACUUCCUGCAGCGAUGCUUGGAAUCGCCCUUCAGCAGGAAACUGGACCUCUGGAGCUUCCUAGACAUCCCGCGUUCACGCUUGGUGAAAUACCCGCUGCUGCUGCGAGAGAUCCUCAGACACACUCCUCCUGAUCACCCAGACGUAGCUAGUCUGGAGAGAGCUAUCACUAUAAUCCAGGGAAUUCUGUCUGAUAUCAACGUGAGGAAAGGGGAGUCAGAGUGCCAGUAUUAUAUAGACAAACUGGAGUACCUGGAUGAAAAGCAGCGGGACCCUCUCAUAGACAACUGUAAGGUCCUCCUGUGUCACGGCGAGCUGAGGAACAAGAGCGGCUCGAGGUUGCAUGUGUUCCUCUUCUCUGAGCUGCUGGUUCUGACCCGACCGGUGACUCGAAAUGACAGGAGCUGCUUCCAGGUGUAUCGACAGCCCAUCCCAGUUCGGGACUUGGCUCUAGAGGACCUGCAGGAUGGAGAGAUCCGCAUGGGGGGAUCCUUCAGAGGGGCUUUCACCAAUGGAGAGAAAGCUAAGAAUGUUUUCCGUGUGAGCUCUAUGGAUCCCUCCCAUGGCCAGUCCCACACACUGCAUGUCAAUGACGUCUACCACAAGCAGCAGUGGCUCAACUGCCUACGCACCGCGAUGGCCCAACAACAGGGGGCUCCACCAAGAGUCCAGCAGGGAGAAGCUGUCAAAGCCAAGCGCCGCUCCUCCACUGUCUCACCCACCGUCUAUGAAGAAGAGACAGACGAGAACUGUCCGCCGGUCUUGGGCCCCAAACUCAGGCCUCAGACGCUCUCUAAAACCAGACUGGACCAGAGGUUUCAAGGCUCUCUAAAGAGGAAGGAGACUGGAGUGUAGACAUUCAGACGACCACGUGUGAACAGCAUGUUUCCUGUCUGGUCACAUGGGUCUGUCAGUCAAUUAUUUUUCAAUGAAACCACUAUUUUAGUGCUUUUGCUUUAUUUUUGUAGCUGCACUGAAAAAGCCUUUCCAAUCAUUUCCGUCCAAAUGUUUGUCCAACUUAAGUCUUAUCUCAUUUAAAUGGUGUAAUUAGUUUACAAAAAAAAAUGUGUGUGUCAUUGUGACUGAAAUGUAUGUUUACACCAGCGAAAUAUGUGUGGAAUUAGUGUUUUAUGUGUCAACUUUAUACCACUUGUCGCUAUUCAGAUUUUGUUUCAUCAGUUUUCCAGUUUAAAUGCUUUUUCUUCUUUCUUUUUUUUUGCUGUAAUCAUAAUAUCAUAUAUGCAGUUUUCACGUGUGCGGUAUCUGUGCCAAGAUAAGGGAUCAAGACGCUGGGAGAUUGAGUCUCAACUGUCAAACUGUGCAGGAAGCAGUUAAGCGUGAGAAGUCUAAAAAUAAAGAUCAAGAUAACGAGCAACAAGUGAGAACACUGACCACAGAAACGAUAAGGUAAAAACAUGUCAAAAUGAUCUGGAUGUAUUCAGUGGAAAGAUGUUACUCAGAAAAAAUAAAACAUUUAGUUUGUACUUUGAA